AGCCGUUAUGGUCAUGGAGCGCCGGGUGCAACGUUCACUUUUUUCUCCAUUCCUUCACCAUUUCUUUGUUCUUCAUCUCUCACAUUCAACCCAUUGAGACAACCACUUCUUUUCUCUUACACUUUUACUCUUUUAGUCUCUGUUUCUCUCUCUACAAUGGCGACUCCAACAAAAGACGCACAAGCUGAUCGAUCUAAUGUUUCUAUGAAAAUAAAGAAUCAGGAGAAUUCCAACCCUAAUCUCAAAACCCCUGGCGGUACUAAACUAAAAUCGCCAAAUACUCAAAAAUCAGCCACCAAAAACCCUAAUCCUACCUUUUUAUCUCCUAAGAAGAAGAUCAGAGAGAGGAAAUUUUUUGUGGCGAAGAAAAACAAUGUAAAGAAACAAGAAUCACAUCCCAAUUGUAAGUGUAAAGAUAAAUUCAACGGGAAGUGUUUAUGUGUUGCUUAUGAGAAUUUAAGGGCUUCUCAGGAAGAGUUUUUCAAAAGUAAAAGUGUCGGGGUUGAGGAGUAUGAAGAUUUUGGUGAAACCUAUGUCGAAAUACCAAAAGAGAACAAUCUCAAAUCUGAGAAAACAGAAAUUCAAAGUAGGAAUGAGAAAUGUGAUGACGAAAGCGACAAACGGGGUUCCAAUGAAAUUGGCGUUUGUAAACCAGAGAUGGCUGAAUCUCCAAAAGGGAUUGGAAGUUCAACAAUCAAGAGAAGAAGGGAUAUAUUAAUGGAGGAAGCAAGAGCAAGUGUUCCAGAACCAGGCUCCGGGAGAGUAUUGCAUUUGGUUAAAGCAUUUGAGAAACUUUUAACAAUUCCUAAGGAAUCACAGAAUGACAAAGAGGAAGGGGAUAAUAAGGAAGGGAUUAAAUGGGCAUUGCCUGGUUUGCAGGAACCGUCUAUAGAUCCUGAGACGAAGGAAUCGUCGUCUUCAUUUUGUCCUGGAGAAUUAUUUUUCAAUGCUGAAAGCUUGGGAUUGGAUGCCAAAGUCUCCUCUUCAUUGGAUAGUAGUAGAGACAGUGGGUCAAGCAGAAGCUCUAUUGGAAGUCGGAGAAGCCGUAGGAGUGGCUCAUUCUCUUCUGGAACUGUUGGUGGAAGAAAGUGGAAGAAGAAGCAGCAGCAUAGAGUCACAUCACAGCGACCAUUUAGACUAAGGACAGAGCAAAGAGGGAAAAUGAAGGAAGAGGAGUUUGUCAAGAAGUUGCAGGAGAUGAUGAUUGAAGAGGAGAAGCAGCGCAUACCAAUUGCACAAGGCCUUCCGUGGACAACUGAUGAGCCUGAGUGUCUGAUAAAGCCGACAAUCAAAGAGUGUACAAAGCCAAUUGACUUGAAACUGCAUAGUGAUGUAAGGGCUGUAGAACGUGCGGAGUUUGAUCACCAGGUAGCUGAAAAAUUGAUGAUGAUAGAGCAAUAUAAAAUGGAAAGAGAGAGGCAACAGAAGUUGGAAGAGGAAGAAGAGAUAAGAAGAUUAAGAAAGGAACUCGUCCCGAAAGCUCAACCAAUGCCUUAUUUUGACAGACCUUUCAUCCCUAAGAGGUCGGAGAAACAGCCAACAAUUCCGAAAGAUCCAAAAUUCCAUUUUCCGCAACAGAAGAAGAUCAAGUGUUGUUUAUCUUGGAAUGACUUGAAUGAUUAUAUUCAUGCACCAUCAUGAUUCAUGAAUUAGGAGAGAAAACUUAAACAUACUACACAACCAAGCAAUUGAUUGUUGCCUCCUCAUGUGCUUGAAAAUGUCAUGAUUCUUUCAUUCAAUUUUGCCUCUGUUUAUAAUCAACAUUUUUCUCUUCUUCCUCCUAUAUAAAAAUUAUCAAAUAUGAGUACCUAAUUGUUAUGUGUGAAUAUGCAAAUAUUAAGUAUUCAUGAUUCAUAUUUUAAGUGAGUGUUUCAAGUACUACUAGAUUUUACAAGAAAAAGAUAUUAAAAAUAUAAGUUUAUGAUUCAAUGUAGAGGGUUUAAAUUGUUGUUAGACGAGUAUUGUUAGGUGUGAAUAUGCUAGUUUGUUGGAUUUUUAGAAGAG